AUGGUUGUGGGUGAAGGUUCGAAUGCUCUGGUAAAGGAAACGAAUCCAGGUUCGUUUCAGUGUCGGAUGUUAACUUCAACAAAUUACACGAUUUGGAGCAUACGUAUGGAAGUUAUUUUUGGGAUUCAUGGAGUUUGGGAUGUGAUUGAUCCGGGUUCUGAUGAUGCGAAGAAAAAUAACGUGGCAAAGGCUCUUUUUUUUCAAUCGAUACCGGAGGAACAAAUUUUACAGAUCGGGAAUUUGAAGUCAGCAAAGGAGAUGUGGGAAGCAAUUCAGUCAAGAAAUCUCGGUGCAGAACGUAUCAGGGAUACCGGAACGAUUGACGAGUAUGCCUCAAAGUUGUCGUCUAUUGCUUCUAAGGCGGCCACACUAGGAGAAAAGAUGGAAGAACGAAAAAUGGUCAAGAAAUUAUUCACUAGUUUGCCAAGGCGGUUUAUACAUAUUCUGGCCUCACUUGAACAAGUUUUAGACUUGAAGAUAGUCGGGUAUGAAGAUGUGGUUGGUAGACUAAAAGCUUAUGAAGAGAGGAUCAAAGAAGAAGAUAACGCAUACGACAAUUCGGGUAAGUUAUUGUUCUCUAAAUCUGAAUCUUCUUCUAGCCGUGGACGUGAUUCUAGUAGGGGUCGAGGUCGAGGAUCUCACUCAUCGCGAGGGCGUGGCUGUGGUCGGGAUAACACCCAAAACCGCGGUCAGAAAGAAGAAUAUAAGACCCGAGACAACGGAAAGCAAAAGGAUAAAAAGCGUGAUUUAUCGGGAAUAAAGUGUUACCGAUGUGACAAAUAUGGACACUUUGUUUCAAGAUGUCAAGAUCGAUUAAAAAAUAAUGAGGCGAACAUGGCACAGGCUGAGGAACGAAAUAAUGAGGUUGAUGGAACAUUUUUUAUGAUGAAGAUCGAUCAAGAAACUAUCUUUUUAAACGAAGAAAAGGUUUUGCCAAAGAAAUUUGAAGCCGAUUCUAGCGAAAAAGAUGUUUGGUAUCUUCAUAACGGAGCCAACAACCACAUGAUGGGUAACCAGAGUUAUUUUGCAGAGCUAAACGAGCGAAUAAAUGGAAGCGUGAAGUUUGGUGACGGUUCACGUGUGACGAUUAAAGGAAAAGGGUCGAUUUUAUUUGAAGGUAAAACCGGUGAACAAAAGCUUUUAACCAAUAUUUAUUAUAUCCCAAAUUUGUAG